CUCUCAGCAGAGAAGGGUGGCAUGGCUCCGGGAGAAAAGGAAAGGGGCGACGGGCCAGCCAAGGGUGCCCUCCGGAAGGUGCGCACAGCCACCCUGGUUAUCACGUUAGCCCGAGGCUGGCAGCAGUGGGCCAAUGAAAACAGCAUCAGGCAGGCCCAGGAGCCGGCAGGCUGGAUGCCAGGGGGCACCCAGGACCCACCGGACACUUCUGGACCAGCGACAGACGCCCCCUCCCACUGGAAAGCUCAGAGGGCCCCAAAGCCUUCCUCCCCGAAGCCAGAGGGAUGUGGAGAUGCUCACGGCUCAGAGGAAGCCUCCGCGGUUUCUCCUAUCAAAAGGAAAGAGGUGACCAAGACGGUCGUCAGCAAGGCUUACGAGAGAGGAGGGGACCUGGGCCACCUCAGCCACCGGUACGAGCAGGAGGGCGGCCCGCCGGAGGCCGGGCAGUCGGAGAGCGACGUGGACAGGCUGCUCCGCAGCCGCGGCUCCCCCACGCGGCGGAGGAAGUGUGCCCGGCUGGUGACCGAGCUGACCAGAGGCUGGAAGGCGAUGGAGCGGGAGGGGCCCCAGUGCCGGAGCGACAGCGUGGACACGGAGGACAGUGGCUAUGGAGGCGAGGCGGACGAGAGGCCGGAGCCGGCUGCAGAGCAGGAGGCCGUGGCCAGGAUCAAACGCCCCUUGCCCUCCCAGGCAAACAGAUUCACAGAGACGCUCAACUGCAAAGCCCAGCGGAAAUACAGCCAAGUGGGCAACCUGAAAGGGAGAUGGCAACAGUGGGCUGAUGAACAUAUCCAAUCCCAGAAGCUCAAUCCUUUCAGUGAAGAGUUUGAUUAUGAGUUGGCCAUGUCUACCCGCCUGCAUAAAGGAGACGAAGGCUACGGCCGUCCCAAGGAAGGAACCAAAACUGCCGAACGGGCCAAGAGAGCCGAGGAACACAUCUACAGAGAAAUCCUGGACAUGUGUUUCAUCAUCCGCUCGAUGGCUCGCCACAGACGCGACGGCAAGAUCCAGGUCACCUUUGGGGAUCUCUUCGACAGAUACGUCCGUAUUUCAGAUAAAGUCGUGGGCAUUCUCAUGCGUGCCAGGAAGCACGGACUGGUCGACUUUGAAGGAGAGAUGUUAUGGCAAGGCCGGGAUGACCAUGUUGUGAUUACCCUACUUGAGUGAACUUUCAACCACACAAGCCAAACUUGACCCACUCUUGUCUUAAUGCUAAAAUGUAAGAAAGUAAAGUAAAUAGUAACUGCUAAAUAAGUUACUAAAUAUUAAAAAAUUUUUUUACAUAAAUAACUUUUGAACACUCUAUUUCUGAGGGAAUUUGAAGAUUGAGGAAAGCACACCCAAAGCAUUUCAGAAAGCACACUAAGGAUUAUUUGUACAUAUUAAGUAUUUAAAAUUCCACUUACCCUUUGGGCAAAGAUACUUGGCUAUUCUUUGCAAAGUUGCUAUAGAUAUUAAUGUAAAUAAUUAUAUCUAAGAUGAAUUUGGGUAAAUAUCAGAAAACCGUAUUAUAUCAUUGUUCAAGAAAGAAAAAGCAUUCCAUUAAUUUUGGCAAAACUAAACUGAAAAUUUUCUAAGCAGCCUGACUUUGUUCUGUUAUUUUUAUCAUAGCAUCACUUACAAAAUAAGCACAUAAAUAAAAAGUUGUAUUCAACUAAGAUACUGAAAUUGAUGAAAUUGCCCUGUGGUCUUUGAAUUUAAUAGGUUUCCAACAGAAGUUAGCCAUCCUUCUCUGAUGUGAUUUGGGCAAAUCAUAUGAAAACAGGCAUCGCUGGUGGUCAUAGAACCAGCAGAGAAAGCAGUUCUGUUCACCUUCUCUAUAAAAGUAAAGCAGAGGUGAGAGAUUUAGAUUUCUCUGCCUUUGUAGGACUGCUUGGGGAAGUUUUUUUCUUAAAACCUUAAUGAGUCAUGCUGUCUACAUUUACCUCAGUACACAUCAAAGUAGAAAAACAGAAAAUGCUACAAUAAACUGGAAUGUUGCGUGUAGAAGAAUCUGAGUCAUGGGUAGAUCAGACACAAACUUGAGACAUUUUAAUCAAGUCAUUUUACUGUUUCAUUUUACUUUGUGCUCUAAGAAAUGCUUUUGCAAAUACUGAGAAGUCUAAAAACAGCAAUAUUAGUCCAGCCAAAGUGAAAAAAGUAUAGUUUAAAGAUGACAACGAAAUUUAUUUUGCACUAAUCUGUUCCUUGUCAAUUUUUCUUGAUUAGAUUUAGUGUGCCUUAUAUAAUUCUAAAAACAAGCUGAAUAAAAUGUGAGAUUACAAUUCUUAUGAAAUUCAAUGAAAGUUACUAAAUGAUAGCACUUUGGUAUUACAUACAGAAAUUAAUGUCAAAGUAUAAUCCUGCAAAAUAAUAGGUGCUCCUAACUAUAAAUUGUUAGGCUUAAUACAAAGUAUGGAUUAAACUACCAUAGGAGUUAUCUUUGCUUUCAUAUAUUAUUCUCUUUCAAACUGAAAGUUUCAAUAUCUUCUUAAAGAGGAAAGUUUGUAUAUUUUUCUUUUCAUAAUAGAUUUGUCAAAUUACAUAUUACUAACAUUUCCAAGUAGAAUUUCACAUAAGAUGUAUACUUUUAUCAUAACAGUGAAACUUAUGUCAAAAGCUUAAAACAUGGCACAAGAAUAAAACAUACUUUUGUUUUA